CCUUGUUCAACCACUUGUCAUCAGCUACUACCACACCAGAGCCUACCACACCACACAGUCACAGACACAACCCAUCAUGUCUUCGGCUAACCUUCAGACAAAACUAGAUGCAUCGCUCAAUGAUAUCCUCAAGACACUGGGAUACAUAUUCGAAGUCCUCAAUAAUAACAAGAAACAAUCCAAUCUCCUAACUGGACCAAACAACCAACUAAUCACACCGCAAAUCAUCGCGCAGCUCCUGCAUCAAAUGCUCAAGUUCGACGAUAUACUAGAUGAAACAAUCACGAAAUUUAACGACGCACGAUGGUGUAUUGACCAGAUGGUGGAGAACAAACAGCGACAGGAGGAGAUGAAGAUUAGAGAGGAACAAGAGCGGGCUAGACGACUUAAAGAGGAAGAAGAGCAGAAGCAGAGAAGGAUAAAGGAGGAACAAGAGGAACAGGCCCGUGCAAAGGCAGCAG